AUGCUUUCACUUAUGCCUCAACAGUAUCCUCACAGCUUAUCACUUUGCUAUAGAACGAUAAGCCUCUUCGAUAUUCAGCCCUGGAACCAAGGGGAAUCCCGCCUCUGCAGAGGUGGACAGAUCGCCAACGAAUUCUAUGAUGACCUGAUGACGGAAUCAUAA